CGCAAGAGCAGUCGACAUAGUGUAACCGUUAUGAAUCGGGCAAAUGGCGAGUAUAGCGUGACGACCGGACAUCGGUAGGAAGGUAGACGGGGAGGCCACCGCCAUGAAGUUUUGGUCAAUUUCAGGACAAAAGUUGGUGAGUGCUCAUGCCAGAAGUAUCAGGGGAGAGGGUGGCCUUGUUCUCAUGCAAUGGUCGUAAUUAAAAACAUGAGCAAAGACCCCCGUCACUUCGUUAGUCCAUUCUUCAAUAUCGACUCACUCAAAAACACCUAUGGACGGAGUUUCCGUGCAUUGCCUGAUGAAGCUUAUUGGCCGAUGUACGAAGGAAAAUUGAUCAUCCCGCCGUUCGGACAGAGGCGUGAACCGGGUCGCCCGAGGAAAAAGAGAAUUCAGAACGAAAUGGAUCAAAGUGGAAGACUACCACGAGACCCAAGACGAUGUUCAAUAUGCAAAGUUCCAGGACAUGAUAAACGAAGGUGUCCAGGACCGAUUGGUCCGCAAAAUCCGGGUCCUGAUGUGUCGGACUCAGCUAAUGCGACAUAGUUUGCUUUUAUCAUUUUUUUUCAAGCUAGUUGAGACUCUUAUUUUGCAAGUAAUUGUGUAUUGUUGAUUGAACGAUAUGUGUAUUGUGUAUUGUUGCUUUUAUCGUUCUUUGGCUCGAAUUUGGGUUAAAACCCAUAAUUUUCAAUCCAAUCUCUUCUCUCCACUGUAUUGUUGAUUGAACGAAUUGGGAUUAGAACAAGAUAAAAGGAAUAGUUCCAAGGGGAUAGAAAUAAAACCAAAUUGAAACAACAAUCAAUUAGAUAAACUAAGAUAAUAGGAAUAGUUCUUUGUUCAUUGAAAUAAAAACCAAAUUGAAACAACAAUCAAUUCGACAAACUAAGAGAAUAGGAAUAGUUCCAAUUACAUAGAAAUUAAAUUCAACUCUCAAAAUAUAACUCAAGGAAGUCCACGAGCUUCACCGGAACCCACGGUUUUCUUGCUCCUUGUACGACGACCGACGGGAGUAACAACAGGUGGUUGCGGUGGCAAGUUUCGAAAUCGGGCCGAGGUAGUUUGGCGCUCGUCGGUGCUGUGUCGGCGGGGAAUCGGCACUUCCGGGGUCGUGCGUGGGACAUCCACGCUCAUACGGUGAGGAGUAGGAGGCCACUGCUGAUGAGGGCGAGUCAAUGGCGCAAAAUCGUGGUGCGCCGUCGUGGAGAACCAUCAUGCCAAGUACCCGAUGAUGUAUGGCGGGGAGAUGGGGGGUAGACCGGGCGGGAAUCGUAGUAACCUCCUUGGCGGGGAGAUGGGGGGUAGACCGGGCGGGAAUCGUAGUAACCUCCUUGGCGGGGAGAUGGGGGUUAGACCUAGCGUUAAUCGUAGUAUGCUCCUUGGCGGGGAUCGUUGUAUGAGAUCGGGGUGGGACUCGGAGGGGUUUGAUGGUAGGUCGAGCGGGGAUCGUAGUAUGAGCCUUGGCGGGGAGUUUGGGUGGAACUCGGGCCGGCACCUUGGGGAGAACUCGGGCCGCCACCUUGGGGGGAACUCGGGCCGCCACCUUGGGGGGAUCUCGGGCCGACACCUUGGGUCACAACCAAUGGGGCAUACCGUCACAAUCCUCGGGGGGAUGAUCACUCACGCACACCGGUUUGCCGUCGAUGGGGAGAUGAGUUAGGAUGGCGACAUCCUUUAGCGUGAUGGUGGCCUCUCCUUCUCUAAAGUUGAAACAAUGAGUCUCCUUUCUCCAUCUCUCAACUAAUGCGGUGAUGAGUUGGCGAUCAACUUUGAUGCCGUUAAAAUGCCUAAUCGGGUCCAACCGUGCCCUUUUGAGAAAGGGCAAGAUAGCUGGGUGGAAUGGGAGCACAUUGGUCGUACCCCUGUAGCGGAUUAUUGUUUGUGCCUCCUAGGGAAAAUUUACACGUUAAUUAUUAUAUAUUAGUAAGGGUUUAUUCCUUAUAACUAAAUUAAUUAAAUUAAAUUAUUUAACUUCAAGUAGAAUUUUAUUAUCAUAAAAAGAUAUUUCAUAUAAUCAACAUAAUAGCAUUCU